AUGGUCGUUCCAAUUCCACGGAUUUUGCCGAAAGAAUCUACAUCCCAGAAACAGGAACACAAAACGGCUAAGAUGGUCUCAUCAGAACACCAAAGAAGCCCCAAAUCUGUGCUGAAGAAAUCGUUUAGCACGCCAGACGCGGCUCAAUUGCAUAGAACUGCAGCGGAGGAAGCUCAGGUGCAACAAGUAUUGUCCGGAGAGAAAAAGCGCAACAAGCUUGGGUAUCACAGAACCUCGGUCGCAUGCAGUCAUUGUCGGCGAAGAAAAAUUCGAUGUAUUGCCUCGCCCGAUGCGCCGAACCGAUGUGUUAACUGUAUUCGGCUCAAAAAGGAGUGCAGUUUCUAUCCGCCAGACCAGCAGCAACCUGGCGCGGAAGGUCAACCAAAGGCUUCCUCACGGCAAAUCGGGGAACCGGGCGCCUCGUCAACUUCAUCUUCUCCAGCUGUUGGGGCAGGCAGUCCGGCAGACACACCGACGGCAAUGGGACGGGUCCAGAGAGCCAACAUGGAGAGGUUUUCUUUGGAUGCCAAUUGCAAUCAAUACACGUUUUCAAGUCAGGCACUCAACGAUUGGGCAUCAACAGACAUGAACUCAUCAAGCAGUGCGAAAUCCGAAGACAUGACGAUUCCAUGGCCUGCCUACCCAACGGAAUCGCCUGUAGAUGGACACUACUCGCAAUACACGCAGCCACCAUACGUAGCGCUGACCUGGACGUCAGGGGCAUCAGAGGCAGAAAGACACGACGAGAUGAACUGGGGGGACUAUCCAGCGCCGAUGCGAUCAAUUUCUUACGGCGGCGAAAAUGGCGAGAGCCAGCCCCAGGCCCGGUUUUUAUCAAUGGCCCAAGCACAAGGAUACGAUAGACGACAGUCUGGCAUGUCCGACGUGUACUCUCAUUUUCCGACAACCGUGGCGGGUGCUUCAGCGAAUCAUCUAAACGCACCCAGCCAGGCAGUCCCUGGAGCAGCAUUCUCACCCGAGGUCAACCUAUGGCAGACACAGCAGAGUGUAGCUUCUCAAGGCCAAACCGCUGCGUGGCAAUAUGCUCUGCCAGGCGCCAGCCAAGCUGUGAUGGUCGAUGAGCAUUGCGGGCUUCCGACAGUAACACAGGCUCCAUCGGGCGUCUAUUACUCCACCUAA